UGGCCUGCAAAGGCGUCAUCGGCACCCCCAAGGUGAAGUACAGAUUGCUUCUCCCUUGGAGAUCUAACAAGCGCUCUCUAAUUCCUCCUCUGCCAAUCCCAGCCCGCUGCUCCCGCCCCCAGCUCUGCAGCCCGCCAACCUCUGCGCCAGCCUUCGCUUUUGCGGGGUUUCCCAGCCCUCCCUCUCUGCAAUUUCAAGCUUCCCCCGACCUUUUUUUUUUUUUUUUUUUUUGGGUCUGUCAGUUUCGCGUUUUGAUCUGCCCGAGCCACCGUAGCCCGGCGAAGCCGCCUGGCUGGGGCUGUGUGUGAGCGCUGAGAGGCUGCUGCAGGCAGAGGCGAUCCGAUUCCGCACAGGCUGGGGCUGCCGCGGGGGAUGCGAGCGGGAGCCAGCCUGGAACUCCGAGAGCGGAAACAGCUGAGCGCGCAGGCGGUACGCUGCAGCCAGCCGGGGAAGGCGAUCGGAUCCCGGGGGGAGGAUACGGAGCAGGGGGCUGGGGGCAGCGACUCUGGUCAGGUUCAGCCCCGUUACAGGCUGCGGGGAAAUUCACCAGCCGAGCCGCAGAUCUUCCUCCCCCAUCCCCUCCCCGCACUUCUCCUCCCGCAUUUUUAAAAACCUCUCCGAAGUGGUGACGAACUCCGGAUUCUCGCUGCAGUUUGGGUCUCGCUCCUCCUCUCCCCGUGCACCAGUGCCGAUGCCUGCAAAGCCGUGACACCAGGGACGCCGACUUCGGAGCUGGUUUUUCUUUCAGGGAAGGUUGGCUGGAUGGACAGAGCCUUGGAUAAAUCCUUUUUAAUCGCACUUCCCUGCUGCCCCCCCGCCCCCUCCAGCAGACACCGCUCCUGCUGCACCAAGAUUACAGCUGGUCUGAUGCUCUAGCAUCUGCAAAGGAGAAACCUGAAAACAUACUCGAGCACCUUGGCCCAGAAACCCACGAAUUCUGGUGAAGCAGAGUGGGGAGUCCCCAGAAAACGGAGUCAGUGAGAGACAUGUGAAGGAGUGUGAGUUGGCCCUGAGCUCGUGGGCGUCCUGGCCACAAAGUUGGGCUGAUUUACUGAAGUUUGUUUUUGAGUGGGGUGAUACUCUCCCUUCACCCAGCCAUGAUGUCGGUUGAAGGAUCUACGAUAACAAGCAGGAUAAAAAACCUGCUUCGCUCCCCAUCCAUUAAACUGAGAAGGAGCAAGCCUAGAAGUAAGCGAGAGGACAUCAGCAGUAAGGUGACCUUGGAGAAAGUAUUAGGAAUAACUGUGUCGGGAGGCAGAGGAUUAGCCUGCGACCCCAGGACCGGCCUUGUCGCAUAUCCAGCAGGGUGUGUUGUCGUGCUCUUCAACCCUAGGAAAAAUAAGCAACACCAUAUUCUAAACAGCUCCAGGAAGACGAUUACAGCUCUUGCUUUUUCCCCUGAUGGAAAGUACCUGGUUACUGGAGAGAGUGGGCACAUGCCAGCUGUUCGGGUGUGGGACGUGGCUGAACGGGCCCAGGUGGCUGAGCUCCAAGAACACAAAUAUGGUGUAGCCUGUGUGGCAUUCUCCCCAAGCUCCAAAUACAUUGUCUCCGUGGGGUACCAGCAUGACAUGAUUGUCAACGUGUGGUCAUGGAAGAAAAACAUUGUGGUGGCGGCCAACAAGGUGUCCAGCAAAGUGACUGCGGUGUCAUUUUCAGAGGACUGCAGUUACUUCGUCACAGCUGGCAACCGCCACAUCAAGUUCUGGUACCUGGAUGACAGCAAAACCUCCAAGGUGAAUGCCACAGUCCCCUUGCUAGGGCGGUCUGGUUUGCUGGGGGAGCUCAGGAACAACUUCUUCACGGAUGUGGCAUGCGGAAGGGGUAAAAAAGCAGACAGUACUUUCUGCAUCACCUCCUCUGGCCUCCUCUGUGAAUUCAAUGAAAAGAGGCUGCUCGACAAGUGGGUGGAGCUGAGGACUACUGUGGCGAACUGCAUCUCUGUGAACCAUGACUACAUCUUCUGUGGCUGCGCUGAUGGCACGGUGCGGAUUUUUAACCCUUUGAAUCUUCACUUCGUCACUACAUUACCGAAGCCGCACUUCUUGGGAAUGGACGUUGCCAGCGUCACUGAAGCCAGCCGUCUCUUCUCUGGUAUGGUGGAUGCCAAGUAUCCGGAUACAAUUGCCUUGACCUUCGACCCUACCAACCAGUGGCUAUCGUGCGUUUACAAUGACCACAGCCUCUAUGUGUGGGAUGUCAAGGACCCGAAGAAAGUGGGCAAGGUUUAUUCUGCCUUAUACCACUCUUCCUGUGUGUGGAGUGUUGAGGUGUAUCCUGAAGUGAAGGACAGUAAUCAGUCUUGCCUGCCCCCAAGUUCAUUCAUCACCUGCUCUUCUGAUAACACCAUCCGUCUGUGGAAUACAGAGAGUUCCAACAUCCAUGGCACAGCUCUGCACCGGAACAUCCUCAGCAAUGACCUGAUGAAAAUCAUCUAUGUGGAUGACAACACUCAGGCCCUGCUGGACACUGAUUACAACUCUGGCGGGAGCGCAGACAAGGCUGACAUCCAGGCCUUGGACACGAAGGUUGGGAUUCGCACACUGUGUGUGAGCCCCAAUGGAGAGCACCUGGCCUCGGGCGACAGGAUAGGCACUCUCAGGAUCCAUGAGUUGCAGUCCUUAAGGGAAAUGCUGAAGGUGGAAGCCCAUGACUCGGAGAUCCUCUGCCUGGAGUACUCCAAAUCUGACACAGGGUUGAAGCUCCUGGCAUCAGCCAGUCGGGACAGACUGAUCCACGUCUUGGAUGCUGGGAAGGAGUACAGCCUGCAGCAGACACUAGAUGAGCAUUCAUCUUCCAUCACAGCUGUGAAGUUUGCAGCCAACGAUGGGAAGGUGCGAAUGAUCAGCUGUGGAGCGGAUAAGAGUGUCUAUUUCCGUACUGCACAGAAGACGGGCGACGGGGUCCGGUUUACCCGGACACACCACGUCGUUAGGAAGACCACUUUGUAUGACAUGGAUGUGGACCCCAGCUGGAAAUAUGCUGCUAUUGGCUGUCAAGACCGUAACAUCAGGAUUUUCAACAUAAGCAGUGGGAAGCAGAAGAAGCUGUACAAGGGCUCCCAAGGUGAAGAUGGCACUCUCAUUAAAGUGCAGACUGAUCCCUCGGGUCUCUACAUUGCAACUAGCUGUUCUGACAAGAACCUCUCCAUCUUUGAUUUCUACUCCGGCGAGUGUGUGGCCACAAUGUAUGGGCACUCAGAGAUUGUAACUGGGAUGAAGUUCAGUAACGAUUGCAAACACCUGAUCUCUGUCUCUGGCGACAGCUGUAUCUUCAUUUGGCGCCUGAGUUCUGAGAUGACCAUCAGCAUGCGGCAGCGGCUAGCUGACAUGAAGCAAAGAGGGAAGCAGGUGGAGAAAUCACCACCACACAAGACAGCUGGACUUAUCAGGCACGAAUCCACCUCUGUCCUAUCACCGGUGCCAGUGCUUUCAUCAGACAGCGACAAAGAUGGUGAAGAUGAAGGGAAUGAUGAAGAUGAGUUAAAUGGGCUACAGUCUUUCCAAAUUCAAUCCAACUGCAACCCUGAGAGAGACUCAGAUCCAGACCUUUCCCUCUCAAGAAGCCUCUCCCAUUGGGAAAUGAGGAGGGCAAAAGAGAUUGCAGAGAUCCAACAUUCAGAGACUGCAAUGAACAAGAUGCCGCGGCAGCGGGGCCGUUGGUCCCAGCCAACCAGCAACAUAGAGAUGACAGUUAAAUCCAUGCUGGACUUGCGCCAGCUGGAGUCUUUCUCAGUCUCUCGAUCCCCCAGUCGAGACUCGCUGUCCCAGACCAGCAAUGGGGAUGACAGAGAAGAGCAUGCUGAUCUCUCUCUGCAUGUCAACAAGGUUGGAGACUCCAUAGCUCCUCAGGACAAGGCUCCUCGGCCUUGUGUCCGACCCCAAAUGAUUCGGCUUGUGUCCUGUGAAGAGGGGGUUUUCACUCAGGAACUGGAGCCCUUUGAGAGUGAGGAAUGUGUAAUCUACCCUGAACAAGAUGAGAUCCAUCCCACCGACAGUAGCAGUGAGUUCCAGGUAAAAGCGCUGCCCCACGGGAAGCUAAUUAGAGGUUACCCCAGCAACGGAUGCCCUGAUAAGCACAGUCCUGACAGUGCUUGCUCUGUAGAUUACAGUAGCAGUCGCCUCUCCAGCCCAGAUCAUCCAAAUGAAGAUUCUGAGAGCACAGAGCCCCUCAGUGUGGAUGGCGUCUCAGACCUGGAGGAACAGGUGGAUGGGGAGGACGAGGAGGAUGCAGGCACUAGCAUGCUGGUGGUAGAGGUCCCCAAAACUCCAGAUCAGGAGAAGUUCCUCAAGCAGCAUUUCGAGACUCUGGUCAAUGGUGGUGAAAAAGGUGGAUCAUGUAGGACCCUGGAGAGAACUGAAAAUAUCAGCAUUUCUUCUCGCUUUCUCUCCCAGUCCCCGGCCCUCAGGCGUUUGUCACGCUCCUCAUCAAAUCUGAUCCUGGAUCAAAAGCCCAUUGAGGCUUCAGCCCAAUCAAAGAAGGUUUCUGUCGACCUGCUGAAAAAUGGGAACAGCCAUCAUAAUGCUGCCUUGGAGAAUGCCAGCCUUCUGGAUGGUGUAAAUUCUUACCGGUCCAUUUACACCCAAAGAAAACGGAAGUCAGCAGUGGAGACUAAUAGGCUUGCUGUGGGACCUGGAAGAGUUAUCGCACCCUUUCCAGAGGGUACUGGGAAUGCGGGGAUGAGGAAGUCCCAGUCAGUUCAUGACCUCAUUCACGAUGAUAAGAGUCCAGGAGUGAUAUCCUCUAUCAGGCAACGUCCUCAGACACUAGUAGUGGUUGAGAAGGAUCCAAAACCUAAUCAUUGCAGGCCAUUGUCUGCAAGCCUGCUGAAGAUGGAUGGGUCCAGCUCCCUGCUGGUCAAAGACAGUAAGGUUGUAAAAUCAAAGUCCUACAUGAAUCCCACAACCAGCUUCAUGGCCAAGGUGUCACGCAGCAUCUCUGUAGGGGAAAAUCUAUGCCUUGGCGACUCUGUCGAAACACUGACUGAGCAGAGGACCAGCCCACAGGGGCCUGAGAAGAUACAGAUAAUUCCCCCAGCAGAGACUGAGAAGAACAAGCCACCUACAAAAGAAAAUGUCCCAGGGAAGCCAGCCCUUGAGCAAGUUGUAAGCUGCUCAUCACCCAAGUCCUUUCACAGCAAGUUGGCAUCAUCAAACCGCGCACACUUGAUUCUUGACAUCCCCAAACCAUUGCCUGACAGACCCACCUUGGCUUCUUUCUCACCCACCACCAAAUCUAAAACCCCACUUGAACCAGAGUCUCCUCAGUCACCUGCUGGGGUCUGUAAAAAGAAAUCUUCUCUUCUUGAGGGACGGGCCUUCAAGAGGGAGAGCCAAACUGCUGUAUCUGUUGGACCUGCUAAAGAGAGCCCAGUGGAGAAUCCAGCACUGAGGAUAGAUCGCCAGGAUGAGCCAGGGGUCACUAAUCCAAAACUAAAAGAGUUUUCAGACGGCUUGCACCCAAGGUCUCCUGAAAGCACACUGCCCAGAUACAGAGAGAGGUUCUCCAGCAUUAGCUGUGUGCUAGACAACCCACUUGGACUUUGCCCACUAGACCCCAUCAGGCCAAGGUCUCCCACAACAGUGGCUGCCUCGGCACAGAACUCAGGUGUGCACGGAUACCCAUCUCUAAUCUUCUUCCCCCUUCUGUCUCCUGUCUUUGUGAACCGCUUCACGAUUCCAUCACAUUUCUUUACGUCCAGCUUCUGGCCUGUCUCGUCUUGUCUGCACCUGUCUCGUUCCAUAAGUCACCCCCUCAAUGAACGUCGCAUCAGCAUUGAGCAGUGUGAACAUGUUGUAUCUGAGCUCCAGGACAGCAUGCGCAAGGCCAUUCACCUUUACCGCAUGGUAUCCAUGGACAUGGAGUCUUCUACUGACAAAGAUAAGAUUGCUGGCCUCCUAACGGAAACGUUCUCCGUGAUGAAGAAAGAACUGGACUCCCUGAAGGAAGGAGAAGAGCUCCAAAGGGCCAAGAAGGUGCUGGUGAAGCCACACGAUGCCAUUAGGUCGCUGAAUGAGGGAAGUGGUGCUGCCCUGUCCAGUCCUAGGCGUUUUGGGGAUGAGCAGACUCUGGCUUUGCUGGAACAGUACUCGGAGCUGUUACUACAAGCUGUGGAACGGCGCAUGGACAAAAAACUCUGAAGCGUUGGCGGUCAGAAAAAACACUUUUUGAGUAAAACUGAUAGCUCCAUAGAAAUAAUCCCAGGAGGACCACCACAGUGGAAGCCUCAGACAAGUGCUGUCGCCACCCUGAUCUAUGGAGGGAGAGACCUUUUUAAACUGAUCUUCUCAGCCCCAUAGAACAGGUGUCUCCUAGUUUUUAGCAAUGUGCUGGCCACAGUUUUAAUAACUUUCCCCAAUACUCUUCAGCUUCCAGUUUGUGAACACAGCCUGGAAAGAGGAGUGUAGAGAAGUUGUUUGGAAAUCUGUCCAUAGCUAGAUGUUUGGCAUCUCCCAUAAGAACAAAAAGUAAAUUCAGUUUGCCCAAGAAGCUCUGAACUGCUGACUAACAAAAGGGGCCUGGAUGAAGCCAAUCACUCCCUCCCAGGGCUUCAUCAGAAUCCAAAGGCAGACUUUUAAACGUUCUAUUUAUUAAUUUAUUUUUCUGACGUUUGCGCUAACCUUUUCACGAGUAUUUGGUGGCCACUUCCUUCCCUUUUCAAACAAACAAUUUUUUUCUCCUUUGCCGUAUCCCUGCGAGACACAAUCUCUGUAUUAUAGUAACCCCUAACAGCGGAGGCAGGCUGGAGUGUCUGUGCAAUUACCAAAUUGGUCUUCUCUGCUGCAACCUCUCUUGCUGAUCUUCCUUUUCCCAUCCCUGGCUUGUUUCCUGCAGUAAUCCUGCUGUUGUGAUGACGACCCUGUUGGCUUUUCCUUUUGUUUCAAAGACCGUCUGGGAUAUAAUUUACCUCCACUCUCCUCUGAGGGGGGAGGAUUUGCUACCCCUUGGAUCAAGUUGUGGGGAUUAUGUAACAAGAACAUUGUGGCUUUUUAAAUGAGCUUUGGCAUUUUAUCUGUGCUCAAAUACUUGAGAUUGGGUUUUCAUCAAACAUUAAAAAGAAAAAGGUUGAAAUAAUGUAGGAAAAUGAAAAGACAGCUACAAAAUUCCUUUUAGCCAUGUUCUGAGAGUGGAAUUGGAUACUGAUCUCUUGAUUCUAAUGAGACUGUGGUGAAGGGGGUGAGUUGGAGGUGAAUGAUUUUAUUGGGAGAAGUUAAGUGGGAGGCAAGGCCUCCAUCUCUUUGAGCGAAGCCCUCGAUCAGAGUGAUCACCCAUGCAACUGCUGCUCCCUUCCACUUUGAUGCUUUCAUUGUUCUGGUAGGAAAGACCGUCAAUAGGUUUCACUGUCUCUACCAGGAAAACAGAAUAUUCUUAACCUUCCAGGGGAGCAGAGAAUAAUUUACAUUUUCUAACGGACUACAGAAAAUGAUCUCCGGGGAGUGCUGAGCAACCAGUAUCGGAUAUUGUGGGAUGUAACUAUCCCCAUCCUUUCCCUACCCCUUCAUGCGUCUCUUGAUGGAGAAAUAGAAAACCUUGCCCCUGUGAGAUUGUGUGUGCAAUAGCCUUCUUGCCUUAUCAGACUUCUUCAAGCUGGCAAUAAUGUAUUUAUUGUCAUGGCUUACAAGUAUCCAGUGUUGCUAUUGAUCAGUAUCAGUAAGCUAGUAAAAUAGGAUGUGGUGUAGGGGAAUCCAUAUCAAAGCAGGUGGCUACCCAGGGAGAUUAUUCCAUUUUCUUUCUCUGCCUUCAGUCUUCCUCUUAAAAAAACAUAGAGCAGAACAGUCCCAGGGUGUGAAACUCUAGUAUCUAGCCUAGCCCUGGAUAUAAAUGUUGGCUGGCAUCAGCAAAGGUCCUUUAAAGCUGGCCAGCCUCCAAAGAUGUGUUCCGCGGUCAUGGACUUGAAGUAGAUUUUUCUGUAGUUGCUUUGGGGCAAGCUGGCCAUCAUUCUGGUCUUGUGGUUCUCUAGAAUGGGGCUGGCUUUUCGCUGCACUUGGGAACUGGGGACCUGCAGUGCAGCCUUUCCUCUACAUGACUGGCUGGUCUGGGGCCAGCUGGCCCAUCUGUUUGCUGCACUCCAGGGCUGGGGGACCUGCAGUGCGGCCUUUCCUCUACAUGACUGGCUGGUCUGGGGCCAGCUGGCCCAUUGGUUUGCUGCACUCUGGGGCUGGGGGACCUGUGGUGCAGCCUUUUCUCUACAUGACUGGCUGGUCUGGGGCCAGCUGGCCCAUCUGUUUGUUGAACUCCAGGGCUGGGGACUUGCAAGGCGGCCAUUUCUCAGCUUGCUGGCUAGCCAUCAGUUCGUUGAGCUACAGAAUUGGCGACUUCAGGUGCAGGAAGCCCUUUCAGAGCCUUUCAGCUGGUUCCUCCUGUCAUCUGACUCUAUCUGUCCAAACGUUUCAAGUGUCCUCUCUGACCUCUAGUUCAAUAGAGUUAUACUGUACUUCAAGGUUUAAACCUCAGAUUGCUGGGCUUCUAGUCCCCUCCCACCAUUGUGUUGUGCUGAAGGGUAUGGUGAGCUGGGAUUUUGUGGGCAGCAUCUAUGGCAAAUGGAAAGGAGCUGUUUGCAUAGGAAUGAAGUGAAGAUCUCUGGGAACUUCCUUAGGUGGAGGGGGCAGGGAUGCUCACGAAUGGAAUGUGAGAUGGCAAUCCUGUUGGUUCUCUGAUGGGGAUAGUCUGGGUCAGGCUGACUGUGUGGGUCAACCAGCUAUUCUCCCUUCACUUUCAGACUGUGAAAACGUAUGUGCCAGUCCACAGGAGGUUUCUUGCUGGUACUGGGGCACAGACACUCAGGUAAAAUAGCAGUACCUUCAACCCAGGCAUCUUCUGGUACUGGCAAUAGUGGUUUGAGGGUUCUUCAUAUGCCUUCCCUUGUAGAAUUGAUUCCAUUUUAUUAUUAUUUGUAUUUAAAGUAUGAGGUGGUGACACCGGAUUGGAAAGAAUGCUGCAGAGCAGAUGGUUGGAAUGAAUAGAAUAUGCCCCAAAGCUAUUCCUGUUAGAUACAGUAAUCCAAUCCAUGGCGUACCUCGGACUGUCGUAGGUGAAAAGCAGCAGCUAUCAGGAUUCACAGUAGUGUCAGAUACGGCUCCCUCAGAGUAAUUCACAGAGAGUGAGUUUU